AUGGUAGAAGAUCAAAAUGAUUUGAAGCAACCAAUUGUCCGCCUUUCUUCAUUUAAUGGUCCGAGGGAACCAUGUCUUAGUAUGAAAUUUGAUGAAUUAGAAGAUGCUCAUGCAUGUUAUAAUGCUUACGCAAGGCGAAUAGGUUUUAGCAUUCAAAAAAAUCAUUCUCGACUAUCGAAAGAUAAGUCGUUAAUUGGGAUAGAAUAUGUUUGUUCAAGAGAAGGAUUUCGUCAUCAAAGUUGUCAAAAGAAAAUCUAUAUAAAUUCAGAGCCUGCCGAAACAAGGAUAGGAUGUAAAGCAAUUAUGGGUUUAAAGAAAGUGGGGUUAAAAUGGACUGUAUGUAAGUUCAUAAGUGAACAUAAUCAUGAGCUCCUUUCUCCUAGAAGUACAAGUUUACUUCGUGGACAUAGAGUGGUAACACGUGCCCAAAAAAAUCUUAUAGAUACUCUCAAUGAGUCUGGUGUACCCCCAAGGAAGAUAAUGUCAGUGUUGAGUAAAGAAUCAGGUGGCGACUAUAAUGUUGGUUGCAUUUCUAAAGAUGUUGAAAAUUAUGUGAGCAAUAGAAGAAGAUUUCGUUUUGAAGAGGGAGAUGCACAAAAAAUGUACAAUUAUUUUCUUGAGAGACAAUCCCAAAAUCCAGGUUUUGUUUACGCAAUCCAAGUAGAUGAAAAUGGAUGCAUGGGCAAUUGUUUUUGGGCAGAUGCUAGAUCACGAGCUGCAUACCAAUAUUUUGGAGAUGUUGUUACUUUUGAUGCGACUUACUUGACAAAUUGUUAUAAGAUGCCUUUUGUUUCCUUUACUGGAGUUAACCAUCAUCACCAAUCUGUGAUGUUUGGAUGUGCUUUGCUUGUAAAUGAAAUGGCUGAAUCUUAUACAUGGUUGUUGAAAACAUGGCUUGAGGCAAUGCUUGGACGUGCUCCUUCUACAAUUAUCACAGAUGAUGACAAGGCAAUGGGUAAGGCAAUUGCAGAGGUAUUACCAAAUGUCACUCAUAGAUUGUGUUUGUGGCAUAUUUUACAAAAAGUUUCAGAACAUUUGGCUCAUAUAUAUAAUAAAUAUCCGUCUUUUCAAAGAGAUUUCCAGCAUUGUAUUCAUAGCACAAUCACAAUUGAAGAGUUUGAGACGGAAUGGAGUGAAAUUGUAGGCAAGUAUGAGUUGGUAGAGAAUGAUUGGUUGAAAAAACUCUAUAUGCGGCGUGAAAAGUGGGUGCCGGCUUACUUGCGAACCACAUUUUGUGCUGGCAUGUCUACAACUCAACGGAGUGAGAGUAUGAAUAAGUUUUUUAAAGAUUAUGUCCGUUCGAGCACAAUGGUGAGUGAAUUUGUCUAUCACUAUGAAAAAGCCUUGGAUGCACGUUAUUUUAAAGAGAAACAAAAAGAUGUGAAGACAAAAACUUCUAGACCGAUUUUAAAAACAUGUUACAAGAUGGAAGUAGAGGCAGCAAAGGUUUACACAUGA